AUGUACAUGACAAGAGCUAAACCACUACACUCCAUUGGCAGCAUAUUGUGUGCAUGGAAGAUUUCUGAUCUCCCCCAAGGCCUUCCUUUUGCAUACUUAAGUUUCACCAUGCUGCUGCGGAUAAUCCUGGGUGAGGACAACAUCAAGAAGGUCCAUUUGGACAAAUUACCGGACACGAUUGAAGAUUUUUGUGACUUUCUUAAGACCGAACUCGGGCUCAGUGGCGAAAUUAUCAUACAGCAUCAAGACCCUGACUUCAACAUGGAACUCUAUAACCUAAACAGCAUGUUGGACCUCCCAAGAGACAAGGCAACCCUGAAACUCGAAUAUGAGUUUGCUCGACUUACAGCUGUUAAUCUCAGAGAAACACUCAUCACUGGAAUUGACAAAUACCUGGACCGCUUCUUGGAGCUCUUCAGAGCAAAGCGUGCCAUCCCGGGUCUGUCGAGUCUCAUCAGACAGCUUGAUCAUGGAGUCAAAUAUUGA